AUGACACAUGAACAUUGUGCUCAAUUCUAUUCUGAUUGGCAAACAACGGUUCAUUGUUCAUUUGAAAAUGUGUUUACUCCAACGAUUGCUCAUAUAGUCGGUGCUAAUCUUCAAAAUAUAUUGGGUAUUAAACACUUUAGACCAGAUGCAAUGGCUAGAGAUGCCUCAUCACCAUGUAUAUUUACAUGCCAAAGACGAGAAGCAAACGAUAUUCGUGAUAAACUUAUCCAGGUGACGACUGAAUCGUAUUCACAUAUUUGGUUUUCAAUGCAAACAGAACCAUUUCAUUUUAUUUACAAUAGGCGUUCAAUGGUGGAUGAUGAUUCAAUGAAAGUCAAACAAUAUCCUGUCUUUUUCUAUUUUGGUUCUAUGUAUACUUAUAGUACUUUUCAUAUUCAUAGUAAACCACACCCAGUUAUUUACGAUAUUGACAUAACCAAAUGGAAUCAGGCACCAGAAACAAUUCGUAUCAUGUCUAAAGAUAAAACGAGACAAAUCUUUAUACCAGUGAAAUGGAUACAAAAAAAAGUGUUGGUCAAUACAAAUGGACGACCAUGUGUGGUUUUAAUGUUAAAAUAUUCUGUAAAAAUGAAAAGAAAAGCAACAAUCAAUGGUAAAUCAAAAGUAUGUCGAAUAGAUGAAGAAGGACUCGAAACAAUCGUAUCGAGAAGUUCUGAUCUUCUUCUUUCGUUCAAUGAAAUUGACCAUACAUAUGCUUUUCUGUCAGAGCUUACAAAAGAAACCGAUAAUUAUCGCAAUAAAUUUAAAAUCUACUUUGUUUCACUUAAACAAGUUCAAUGUGAUAAUAAUAAUAAUAAACAACCUUUUAAUUUGCCUCGAUCAGCAUCACAUAAACAACAUUAUGCAUUGAAAAUGCUUUAUUCUAUGGGUUAUGUGUUUCAAGAUAAAUAUUCAAAACAAAUGCAUGAUCAAUUUGUAGCAUUUGAUAAAGAAUUAUUCAAUAAUAUGUGCUAUUAUCUUAAAGAAAAACUCGAAGAAAAUCAUUGUUAUAUGUUAAAUCGUAUAUUCGAUGAAUACAACACUUAUCUAAAAGAGAAACGUAAAAAUGAACAAGAAUAUUCUGUACAAAAACUUCCCUAUUGUAUUGGUUGUAUUUCGUUGACACCAUUACGAAUUAUCUAUCAUCGAAUGGAAUCAUCAAUUGAAAAUCGAGCAUUAAGAAUGAGACAAUUCGGUGGUGAAGAUAUGUUUUUAUUGGUACAUAUUCGAGAAGAAGAUAAUCAAGCAUUAAAAGAUUUUGAUUCAUCAAUUAAAUGUCGACUUAAAUCAAAAAUGAUGCAAGGAAUUAAAGCUAUGGAUAGAAUCUAUCGUUUAUUUGGUACAUCAACUAGUCAAUUAAAAGAAAUGUCAUUUUGGUUUGCAGCUAUUGAAGAUAAACCAAUUGAAAAAGCUUGGGAAGAAUUAGGAAAUUUUUCGUCCAUAAAAAAUGUUGCCAAUUAUGUAGCACGGAUUGGUCUUUAUUUCUCAACAUCUCAUGCAACAGGAAUUUCAUUUAAAUAUGAGAAAAACUUCUCACCCAACAUGCAAUAUGUAGCAACAACUAUUGAUGAUAUUGAGACAAAUGAUAAAAAAUAUUGUUUUACUGAUGGCAUCGGAAAAAUGUCAUGGGGUAUUGCUGGUCUAGUUGCUCCAAAAUUAAAUAUUAAAUUGGAAUCAAGAGAUGAUAUACCGUCAGCUUAUCAAGUUCGUAUUGCAGGAUGUAAAGGAAUGCUCGUCAUUGAUCCUAAAUCGAAAAUGAAUGAUUAUUAUAUAAAAGUUAGACCAUCGAUGGAAAAAUUUCAAUCUGAUAAUUGGGAAUUAGAAGUAUGCAAAUAUAGUGGACCGUUUGAACUUAGAUUCAAUAAUCAAGUGAUCAUGCUUUUAUCGGAUUUGCGUAAUCCUGAUGCAGUUUUUGAAUCCUAUCAAAAUGCAAGUUUGACUAAUUGUUUUGCACAAAAUGAAAAGGAACAGCAACGAAAAUUGAAGUUUGCAUCAGCUAAGGAAGAUUUAUUAAAAAAUAGAAUUCCAUUACCGUUAAAUGAAGCACGAAAUAUGUUUGGUGUUGCCGAUGAAACUGGUACAUUAGAAUAUAGUCAAGUAUUUAUUCAGUAUAAAAAUCUUGAUCCAAACAUUGAUAAAACAUAUAUUGUUGUAACUGGUGAUGUAUUAGUAGCGAAAAUGCCGUGCUUACAUCCUGGCGAUUUUCGUCGGUUGACUGCUAUCGAUGUACCUCAAUUGAGAAAAUGUAUACGUGAUUGUAUUGUAUUUCCAACGAAAGGAAAACGACCUCAUCCGAAUGAAAUGUCUGGAUCUGAUCUAGAUGGAGAUCAAUAUUGGGUAUAUUGGGGAAAACAAUUGGAAAUCAGAGAAAUGGAUGAACCAUUAUCAUAUGAAUCUUUACCAAAGAAAGUAGUACCUAAAAUAACAUAUGAAGAUAUAAUCGAUCAUAUCGUUGAGUCAUUUGGAGCUGGAAGUCAAGGUAUUAUUUGUGAUGUACAUUUAGCAAUUGCUGAUUCUCGUCCAAAACGUACCAGAUCAGAUGAAUGCCGAUAUUUAGCUGAAUUAUUUGCACGUGCUGUUGAUGCACCAAAAACAGGUGAAAUUAUUGAAUUAGAUAAAGUUUAUAAAUUAAGAGCAGAAUUUUGUCGAGGAUAUCCAGAAUUUAUGAAAAAAUACGAUCAACCAAUACGUCAAUCGCAGAGUAUUUUAAAUAAAUUAUUUUUAAAUGCAAGAAGAUACUUUUUUACGCAUCAUGAAACAGAUCUUCAAAUAGCAUCAUCAAAACCUAUUUUACGAUCCGAUUCAUCUACUCCUAAAGUCUGUGCACAACGAAAAACUGGAGCAAGCGUACAAGACGAAGAGUUUCAAGAAUGGCUUAUAUCUCUUAACAUUGAUACAUCAGACAAUACAAUCAGUGAAGCUAAAUCUAUCUUAGCAAACACCAAAGGGAGAAAAAGCUCAAUUAAAAGUCUUGAUACUGCAAGCAGUAUAGUUGAGGUGGACUCUUCGACACCAUCACUAGAAUCAUCAAUCACAGGAAAUAAAAAGAAAAGAAAUAUUCAAUUGAAAAAAGAAGAAGCCGAAGACAAUCAAACACUCUCAACAAAAGAAGAAAAACUUCCUGUCGAACCAAAACCAUCUGGAUCAGCUUCAACAAAAGAUAAAACACCAAAACAAACUAAAGCAAAAGCAGAAUCUAUUAACACAUCUGAUGAACCUUUUAAGUUAACCAAUUCUGCUACGCCAUCAGUUUCACUACAACUAUCAGCAAGUGCUUCGUCGAUUUCUCAGAAUACUCUUAAUCGAAAUAUUGUUUUCAAUGGUAUGACAGCAGUAACCAAUCGGCUCAAAUGGGUUCAAAUAGGUAGUGAUGUUUUUACAGUUGAUCUGGAUUCAAAAGGGAAUAGUGAAAGCAAUGCAAUAGAUAAAAUAGUUAAUCUUAUGCUUGAUCUAAGAAAAACAGCAUCUUUUUCGACUGACACUAAAUUAACACUUACAAUAUUAUGGGGUGAACUUAACAUUAGAACUACACAAACAAUGAAUGAUACAAAACCAAAGAAUAUAAAAGAACUUGUCCAAGUAAUCAAAGAUAAUAAUGAUAUUGAAAUUUUAUUUAGAGAAUCUGAUAUCAAAAGUAUUGUAAAAGAACAUGAACCAUCUGGCAAAUCAGCAGCAGUCUAUGUCCUUAUUUGUAGAUGUUUGGUUAUUACACCAAACGAUAUAGCACUCAUAUUUGAUGAUAAAAAAAAAUUAAAGAAAAUUUCAUUUGCUUCUCGAGAGUGGAUUUGUGCUGUUCGAGGCGGUGAAGCUAUUACGGAUAGUUACUAUGAAAUUCGAUGUACAACCAAAGAAAUCGAUUCAGAACAUGAGUCAUUCUCUAACUAUUUGAAAAUGUUGUUCAAAGAUCUGAACUCACUUGAUAUUUUAACUGGUAAAAGUCCACAAAUUUCAAUUGCUAGCGAACAAUUUAUACCAGGAGUACAAAUUAUUUCUUUACAACGAUUGGUUCGUUGUGAUUAUGUCCUUUUAAGUCAACGAAAGUUAUAUCAAGGUCAAUUUAGUACACUGACAAAUCUCGAGUGGGCUUUUUAUCAUGUUACACGUAUUUCUACAGAAAAGAUAAAUGGUAAAAUUUCAACACGAGAUGUAAUUGAAUUUCAGGCAACACCAAUUCAACUGGCAAAAAAAUGUGAACAAGACUUGAAAAAUUUAUGUGAUUUGGCAAAGAGAUUUUUUGACUAA